AAUAGCUCUGACGUAGUACACAAGGGAUGGAUUGCACGGAGUGACAACGCUGUGUCGAAAUUCCUGUAUAUAAAGCUAGUAUUUCACAUUUUACAGACUUUAUGAUGAGUACAAUGGGAGAUUCACAAUCUAGACCGAUGCUUAUGGUAAAGAAGAAUCCAAUUGUAGACGAUUAUAGAAUAUCUAACCAAGUGUUAGGACUAGGAAUAAAUGGGAAAGUUGUCGAGUGCGCUCACAAACCAACUGGACAAAAGUACGCACUGAAGGUGUUACGUCACAUACCCAAAUCACAGCGAGAAAUAGAACUCCACUACAGGGCAGCGCAUGGCUGUAAAAACAUAGUACAAAUCAAAGAUGUGUAUGAAAAUACAUAUGCAGGCCAAAAAUGUCUUUUAGUAGUAAUGGAGUGUAUGGAAGGUGGAGAACUGUUUUCAAGAAUUCAGGAGCGUGCAGACAAUGCAUUUACUGAAAGAGAGGCAGCAGGUGUGAUACAUGACAUCGCCCAGGCUAUCCACCAUCUUCAUUCCAUGGACAUAGCACACAGGGAUCUCAAGCCUGAGAAUCUACUCUAUGACAAGAAGGGACCAAAUGCUACUCUAAAGCUUACAGACUUUGGGUUUGCUAAACAGACCUCCAACUCUUUAAAGUCGCUUCAGACACCUUGUUAUACACCGUACUAUGUGGCACCAGAAGUUCUAGGGCCAGAGAAGUAUGACAAGUCCUGUGACAUGUGGUCUUUGGGGGUCAUUAUGUAUAUAUUAUUAUGUGGCUACCCUCCGUUCUACAGCAAUCACGGUAUGGCCAUCUCACCAGGAAUGAAAAAGAGGAUACGAAAUGGACAGUACGAGUUCCCUAACCCUGAGUGGAACAGAGUAUCCAAAGAUGCAAAAGACGUAAUCAAGGGACUGCUGAAGACUGAGCCGGAUGAUAGGUUGUCCAUAGAACAAGUGAUGAGACACAAAUGGAUUUGUCAAAAUACACUGGUUCCCCAAACACCUCUGUUGACAGCGCAGGUUCUGAAAGAAGACAAAGACACCUGGGAAGAAGUACAGGAGGAGAUGACCAAUGCUCUGGCCACAAUGAGAGUGGACUAUGACCAGGUGCACAUUAAAGACUUGAAUACAGCCAACAACCCUAUCUUAGCCAAGAGGAAGAAGAAGCAGGAAGCAGAGUAAAGGCCAGCACACAAUUAUUAUGUCUCCAAGGUGGCCAUAAUAAGGAUAAUGAUGAUAAACUGUAUUGCUGUGGAUAACAGAUAGAUGAACCAAAGCUUUGUGUGGGUGAUGCCUUGACAGGAAGAAACACUAGGACGGAUGUUGGAUUUUUAGCAUACCUGUAAUGUGAAGACAUUGAUAACAGUUGGUGGCAUCCUUAAACACCAUGGUUUGUAAGCAUAGAGAGCCCGCAAAAAAUGUAUUAGUUUUACUGUGUAUGGAUAUGGAGUGUGGAUAUAAAUCGUUGGAUAUGACAGUUAAUUUAUAAAUACUGACAUGCGUGAUAUGGAAGUUCAGAAAUGACGAGGAUUGAGAUUGUAACGUUUAUGUUGUUCAUCUGUCCAUGGAGACAUUCUUGGCAUGUUUUUUUUUUUUUUUUACAAUGAUCUGCACAUAGUAAAACUGUAUCAUCUGAUUGGUUGGAAAAUGCAGGCACUUGAUUGGUUUGAUAAAUACAGCUGUCUGAUUGGCUCAGACCUGUGGGGACAUUGGUGUUAUUGCUAUCCAAGCUGGCAAACAGUUGAAAAAUCAUGGUAAACAAUAUUAUCUUCCUAGAGAUAAGGGUAUGUCAUUGAAUUUGUUGGUUCUGGUUGGAAUUUUAUCCUCGUAUCGUGUGAAACUAUCAACAGAAAUUGGAAAGUGGGCUUUGGCAGCAGACGAUGUUCUGCAAAAGAACAGGAAAAUCCAUGGGAAUAAUAUGAUUAUAGAACUAUCUGUUAGUUAUUAUUUACAAUUGAAAAUUAUCCAGUUUGCUAAGAAAACAGCAAAGAGAAGAGUAGUUAUGGAAAAAAAAAAUAAAAUGAGGUAAAUUCAGGAAUAUUCCAUAAGUCUUGUAUACAAAAAAAAACUUGUAUUUAUCAAACGUUGGCUAUGUUGUGUUCAUUAUGAAAAGCGGUAAAGAAAAACGAGUGAAAAUGCAAAUCAUGUUUUGGAUAAUGGAUUAGAAUGGCUUGGUUUUAACCCCAUAAUGAAAAUUAAAGCAAACAUUUGAUGGUGCCAGGAAACCUCACUGUUGAUAACUGGUACAGAAGUUUUAUUAUUUUACCAAAUACAUACAGUUGAUGUUUAAAAAGCCCAAUUUGGAAUCUUAAUACUUCAUAUUUUGUUUCAGUAAUUUUAGUUUGAGAUGAUUGCUGAGAAAAUUUCCCAGAAAAUAGUCCUGUACAUAGUCACAAUAGUUUAUUUGCUACGUGACAAAUCAUGUAAGUGAAAUGUUUGUCCCUGUAUUGUCUGUCAUGUGUAGUCAUUGAAAUUAAUUAAAAGAAAAUAAUACCAAAUCGCUCCAUGGCAUUUAGUAAUUUAUGAUUCAGAUUUUAUUUAACACAUGUAUGCACUAUUUAGUUGCUUUGCAAGAAAAAUUAUGUUAUUGGUAAUAAUAAAAGAUGUAUGAUUUAUAUCUAGCUAUUGGUUAACUAGAAAUCAUUUGACAAGUUGUCCUCUAAAGUUUAAGCUUUGUUUGAUUUGCCUUGCCUUCUUACUCAGUGAAUCGUAGAAUCACCCUAUGACAGCUUAUAUUUGAAUUUCAGCUUCAAUCUUGAAUUUAUUAAAUUGCCAUAAAUCAUGUCAGUGUACAAAAAUGAAUAAAAUUAUGAUUACAUUCUCUGUAAAAAAUUUACAUGUUGCUUGGUUAAUAUCUGCACAACCCCAUUUUAGUUUUUUCAAGCCAUUUUAAUUAGUUGGUGUGUUGUGCUACAUUGUAAUUAAUAGUGUCAUAUUUUUAGUUUUUAUCACAAACGCAAAAUCAUUUCAUUGCCAUACUUUGUAGUACUCCUACGAGUGACAUGUUCAAAUGACAACACCAAGAAAUAAAUGCAGAAAAUAACUA